CUUCUCUCUCUCUGUCUCCGGUCCCACUGGCUCUCCCUUGGAGCCCUAAAAUUCUAGGGUUUCAGAAAUCUAGGGUUUCUCGAUCCGAGCUCUCGAAGGACCUUCAAUCGAAAUGGGCUCCGCGUCCAAGGCUCCUUUGGAUCUUUUUUCCCAGGAGAGGAUUCCAGAGUUCUAAUUUUUUCCCCCCGAAUUUUAUGGGCUUUUCUCUCUCAAACUAGUUUUUUUUUCUUUUUCCAAAAUCUUUUCUUUGAUCCCGAGAGAGAGAGAGAGAGAGAGAGCGAGGGGAAUGAGCGAAAACCCUAGCCAGCCGACCGACGUGAAGCCGUUGGCCGGAGGUCUUUACGCGGCCCAUCCGGCCCCCGCGCAUCCCGCGGUGCCCCUUCCGGGGCGGAUCGACGAAGUACCGGGCAGCGGUGGCGAGGGUCAGUUGAUUGUGGCCGCCGACGCCCAGACCAUCCAGCGGUACGCGGUGGAGCGGGACCAGGACAAUGGCGGCGGUGGGGACGGGAUGGAGGAGGAUCACGAUGGGACCAUGGAGGGGGACGGGAUGGAAGGCGACAUGCCUUCGGACCACGCCAAUCUUGGGGAUCCUCAUGGGAUGGUCGCGCCUCAGGUUGCGGGGAAUCAGUUGACCCUCUCGUUUCAGGGGGAGGUCUAUGUGUUCGACUCUGUCUCCCCUGAAAAGGUUCAAGCUGUUCUUUUGUUACUUGGAGGGCGUGAGAUAAAUACGGGCUUGGCCUCGAUUCCAUCUUCUUCAAAUCCAUAUAAUAAGCGAUCAAAUUUUCCUCAGCGAGUUGCUUCAUUGAUGAGGUUCCGAGAGAAGAGGAAAGAACGUAACUUCGACAAGAAAAUACGUUACAAUGUCCGCAAAGAGGUUGCUCUCAGGAUGCAGCGGAAUAGGGGUCAGUUCACAUCAUCAAAAUCAAAGCCUGAAGAUGUGACUGCAGGCAUUACUAGUUUGGAUGCUACCCAACGGUGGGGUUCUGUGGAAGGUCGACCAGAAUCAGCUGCCACAUGCCAUCACUGUGGCAUCAGCUCAAGGGCUACACCAAUGAUGCGCCGUGGACCUGGAGGACCGAGGACUUUAUGCAAUGCCUGUGGACUUAUGUGGGCAAAUAAGGGUACAAUGAGGGACCUAUCAAAAAAUCCACCUGCAGCCACUCAGAAUGCCCUAUCAGAGCCAAAGGAAACGAAUGAAACCAGCGCAGUAGUAGGGGAGCAGCAGCCUCUUCCACUUACAGCUAAUGGUCAUGGUUCAUCAUCAUGAGAGGAUCCUGGCUUGAGAUGACUAUUGGUGGUGGGAGCUACGCCUUGCCGGGUUUCCAAGAACCUACCACAUUUUACGUGCAUGCCUGUACUGUAUGUUAUUAGAGAAUUAGAUAGAAAUUUUUCUUUCAUUUUCAUGCUCUUGGUGAUGCCUUAAGUUGAUGUUCCAAUGUUUAAGUUACCUUGGAGUCUUGCACAUGGUUGCUCGGUAAAGGGAAACCUCUCUGUAUUAGAUUUUACGCAGACUUUUGCGGUGCCGUCUGAGAAUGUUAGCCACGGUCUCUCUCUAUGGGUUGCAAUGUACGACCGGGAGUUUUUUUUUU